AUGGACACUAUCAUCGCCCAGAUUCGUACUCUGGCCCUCACGGCUGAUGAGCCAGGUCGCGCCAGCAUUUAUAAUGAUCUUCGCUCGCUUCUGCCGGAUCUCCUGAGUCCGAUGGAUAUGAUCAUGGAUCUAUUCAACUCGCACCUGCGAGUUGCAAUUGUCAUGCUCGGAAUGAACACUGGUCUUUUCCGAAAGUUGGCACUGCACGACUCCGUAUGGACACCCUCGGAGCUGGCAAAGGAUCUGAGGGUUGACGUACGGCUCCUGGAACGCAUUCUUCGUUACCUUGCAGCAAAUGGUAUGAUUGAAGAGACGACUGUUGGACACUUCCAAGCCAAGCGAACAACCAAAAUGCUUGCCGAUAAGCGUUCGGAGGCAUUCGUACUCUAUGCAUUUGAAACCUGCGGACCAGCCAGUCAGGCAGUUCCAGGGUUCUUCGCAGAUAACAAUUACGCCGAUAUAACGGACAAUAAGAACACUCCGUUUCAAAAAGCCUUCCAAACAGACGUCACCUGCUUUGAAUGGUUAGCCAAGCAUCCUAAGCUGUUUGAUGCUCUACAACAAGUCAUGACCGGCCUUAAGUCUGCGGACUGGUUUUUGAACUUUGACCUCUUUCAACAAGAGGCUCAUCGCGCUGCUUCAAGUCAAGUGCAUCUUGGAGAGGACAUUUUCUUCGUCGAUGUUGGCGGGGGUCAUGGCCACCAGUGUAUUCAACUCAGGGACAAGUAUCCCCAUCUCCAGGGACGCCUUGUGCUGCAAGACCUGCCCGAAGCGGUCAACCACCUUCCUCCCCUGGAUGGUGUGCGGGUUAUGGCCCACGACAUCUUCCAGCCGCAGACCAUUAAAGGAGCAAGGUUCUACUACCUGCGACGAAUCCUGCACGACUACCCAGAUUCCCAAUGUAUCCAAAUCCUUCAACAUCUCGCCACUGCCAUGGAAUCUGGUUCAAGAAUCCUCGUGGACGAGAUUGUGCUACCGGAUGUGGAGGCCCCAUGGCAGGCAACUCUGGCCGAUGUGUCAUUGAUGAUCUCGCUUGGUGGUAAGGAGCGAACAAGGAAGCAAUGGAUGGAGGUGGCCAAUUGUGUGGGACUCUGCAUCGAGGAGAUACACACUUAUUAUGGGGAGUCCAGCACGUCUAUAAUUGUGCUUCGGCAGGAGUAA